AUUGGGUCCAGGCCUGUGCAUUCAAAUUUGUGCGUCGAUCGAGAAGCUUGGCGCGGCUUCUCUCGGGGACUUGAGAAGGGAAGAGAAGACAAGUCCGGCUGCCUGCUCGGGGCUAUACAGGGACGUAAGUACGUCGAUAUCACCCCCAGCGGUUUGUCAAUCGAGCAGCUUGCGGAAUACUUGGUCAGUAGUCGGACGACCUAGGCUGACACAGUGCACCAACAACUACCGGGAUCAUUCCUCCUCUCUAGACAGAAUCCCCGGAUUCAAAUCUCGAGUAGGGAUUGCCGCCAACCCUCCAAGCUCGAGCAAGUGGAAAAAGCUCAACUUAGAUCAUGGCGGGAAAACAAGGGCGAGCCUAUCUGUGAUAUCAUCAGUGAUCAUUUUACGUGCUGUGACAGCCUGAUGCAUCACGGUGAUCGCUCAAAUCUUCCACUAGAUACUAGCACUCUACUACUACUACCGCCACCGGCCAUCCUGAGAACUAGCAUCAAUGAAAUCUAUGACAUACAAAACCGUGCCCGGAUUCUUUCUCCAAGACGAUUUGAACGCUGAUCCUGUUGCCAUCGGCGCGGUGCCUCCCCGGUUCGGACUGAUCGAUGAAUCCCCCGACCGCUGGCAUAAUUUGUACGUGAAACUGGGCGCUCUCAUCGAGGAGGGCAGGUCCACAGGCAAGAUGUAUAAGCUUGUGCUGUUCGGACGCCACGGGCAAGGCUGGCAUAACGUCGCGGAAGAAAAGUACGGCACCGUGGCUUGGGACGAAUACUGGGCUAAGCAAAAUGGAGACGACGAGCUGACCUGGGGACCUGACCCCGAUCUCACUCCGCUGGGCGAAGAGCAGGCUGUUGAAGCUAACAAAGUGUGGAAACAGGAGCUCGAAAACGGGCGCAUGACACUCCCGGGUGUCUUGUACAGCAGCCCGAUGACCCGUGCGAUCCACACCAACCACAUCACCUUCUCAGGGAUAGACACCAAACGUGUGCUCAUUCUCGAGAACUGCCGUGAGGAAUACGGCGAACAUACGUGCGACAAACGGCACCCCCGGUCUUUCAUCGCUGACAAAUUCCGCGAGUUCGACAUCGAGGACGGAUUCACGGAGGAAGACGAGCUGUACCAACAAGACACCCGCGAAACAUUCGAGCACGCCGUCGGGCGCGCCAAAGCUGUGCUCGAUAGGAUGUUCACCGUCGACGACGAAGCGCUGUGUAAGCCUACUGCUGGUGCCCAGGGCUCCUACGGAAGGUGCUCACAACUUGCAGUCGUCUCAGUCACCGCGCACAGCGGCAUCAUUAACGCAUUCCUCGGCGCUGUCGGUCGGCCGCGCUACGCUCUUCCCACCGGAGGUGUGAUUCCAGUGGUCGUGGAGGCUUCUGAACUCUAGACAUCGGGAUAGCGUCUUUCGUCCAGCCUGAACACAAUGCUGUAGGCACGCCCCUCAUCCCUUAGAUUAUUGGCUUCGGUGUAGUUUGCGGUGCCGUUUGUUAUCGAUAAUCAAAUCAUCAGACGCGGUCAUGUGUCAGCCACGAUGGGCAACUGAUAAUUAGAGCGCGUCUAUAUACUCUGUCAUUCAUAAUAGCGAGCUGGGAUGCGUGGAAAACAUUACAAAUGGAAGCUGUCGCUCGGGACGGGUCCCCGGACGAUUCUGGAAUAUUAAACAAUCGCGUGCUUCCGCGACCGCUCCCAGGAGGUUUGGUUCAAGUGUAUUUCCGUGAGCGAAACCAUGCGACACCGGUUGUAAAAGCUCCGCAACGUGUCUCCUUGAUGUCUCCUGUCAAACGGGAAAUGAAAUUUGACCGCUGAUAGCAACGCCGUGGCGGUUCGCGUCAACGUCGCGACCUGAGUUCCACUCUCGUGAAAAUCAGAUGAUGGGCAGCACUCAUCAUCAGCAUUCCUGCUCCCUUGACUGCUCCGUUUAAAAUCGAUCCCGCCCCUGCGCCGGACAAAAUGAAAUCGGUGUGGGGCGGACACGUGUCCUGGCGGCCCCAAGGGUAGGUAACCGAUAAGGUAACGCCCCUCAUUGGCUGCAGAAAUGCAUUGCCCUCGGAUGGCCUCGGUGAUGGCCGCGCGAUCCGUAUUGUUUUCGAUGCCUGAUGGGGAUCACGAUGCACCCGAAACAACGGGACCGACCGGCUGCUGGGCGGGCCGGAUUUUUUUUGUGUGGGAUCUUCCCUCGCGUAAGAAUCUAGGUCGCGGAGGUCCUUCCUUAAAAGCCACUCCCUCUGAUCGCGCAGGGCCUCGCUUUCACCGCGCCGCGAGUCUCAACGGCCGACCAAGAUGUCAGUCCAACCGCAAGGCCCGUAUCCCUACCCAUCGGCGGCGCCGCCACCCGAGUCCCACCGCCGCUCGCCCUACGAUCGGCCGCCGUCCGUGCCUGGUCGCGCUUCGGGCACGCCCCCUCCUCACCCUGACGGCGCCGACCGUGCCAACGGCUUGCCCAGCCCCGCUACGAACGGCGCAGGCCCCCAGCACGCUCCUCCCCCGCCGCACCACUACACCGCCUACGAGCUCCCCCGCGGCUACGGCCCGCCCCCGGGGUACAUGUACGGCGCCCCGCCGCCGCCGCCGCCAGGCGGGUACCACCACCACCCCGCCGACCACCGCUACGAUGCGCACGCGCAGCACCACGGCUACCCCGCGCCCUUCCCGCUGCACCACGCUGGAUAUAUGCCGUACCCCCCGCCGGGGCCACUGCUCUCUGGCGCCCCGCCGCAGCAACAACACCCAGGCGCGAACGGGAGCCCCAACUUGGGCCCGCCGCCGGGGAUGGCGCCUCCCCCCGGCCACGUCGUGCACACGGACGAUGCGACGGAGAAAGUGAGCGAUCGCGUGCGGAGGAGGUGUUUCAACUGCUGCACGACGGAGACCAGCACGUGGCGGAGGAGUAAUCUGAAUCCGGGGAAAGUGCUGUGCAACAAGUGCGGUCUGUUCGAGCGGACGCACUCGCGGCCUCGACCGGAGCAGUUUCCGCAUAAGCGUGGCCCGCUUGGAUCUAAUCUCAACUCACGAAGCCCUUCUGUUGCACCCUACCCGACUUCCUACGCCCCGCCUCCCCCGCAGCCCCAAAUGGCAUCCAUGCCGCAUCCGUCCUACCCUCCGCCGAUGGCAACGACGACGACCGUUCCCAUCCCCCUCAUCCCCGCCGAGAGAUACUCCGAAAAGCCGCCGGCCCAGGAGAUCCAGAAGGAGAAGCCGCUGCCAGUUGGCGAGCCGGCGAAGGAAGAAAAGAAGAGGGAGUCUGCAGGUGACGCGUCCGACAAAAUCGACCAGGCCAAGCCGUGAUGGCUGCGGACUGCGCGCGCGCGCAUAUGUCUCGGAUCCUAUUGAUACAGCACGUAUACCACCACCUAUAUAGCAUAUACUUCGUCGUUACUUGUUCUCGUAGAUACUUGCACCUGUAAUCCAUCGUGGUCUUGAAUGACUCGGCUUCUUCUGUCUGCAGCGUGUGUCAGCGGGCGGGCGAGCCACUGGAGUGUUGGAUUCUCAAUUCGAGUGGAUGCAUG